AUGCCCAACACCAUUGGAAUCGUUGGUGCUGAUGCAGUUGGUAAGACAAGUUUUGUACUUGCAUUAGGUGCCAAGGCAGCAGGCUACACGACAAAUACGUUACAGCAACAACCAACUUCGACAUUUUUGUGGCCGCGGCCUGGCGGAAAUGGGCACAAAAAGACGACCGUGUACAUCUUUCACAGUCGAGAAGAGACUAUACACGACGAAGAGGACACCGUUUAUGUAUUCCUCUUUGACCUCACACGAAGAGACUCGCUUGCGACGGUUCUUGCACAGUGGGCUCACUUAUUGGACAAUCCUGGACGAAGGUUGUUGCUGGUGGGCACGCACGCUGACUGCGUAACCAAACGCGAAGUGUCGCCAGCAGAGGCACGCGAGAUUUCGGGUGAUUUUCACGCGUAUGAGGAGGUGUGCUGUCGUCCGGUACAUUCCGGUGAUGAAGGAUUGCUUCGUGUGCAGCUUACAUUGAUGCAAUGGACAAGCAAUGGGGGACCUAGAGUGAUGGCGAACGACAUUCCACUUGCACGAGCUUCCAUUUGUGGCGGGUUCCCGAGACCCGUUGUGACGAUGGUAGUACCUGCUGGUUCCUCGCACAGUUUACCAGUAUCACCUGCAGGCCAACAACAGUUUCAAAUGCGUGCCGGUGUCUGGCUAUGUGAUCCGAUCGACAACGUGUCCUCUAGCCCGGUGGCGACGGGUAUAGGUGGGGAUGUGAAACUGCGCACGAUAUCCAAAGCAAUCUACGACAUCCGCGGUGCAGUUGCUGAAAAGAGUAAGGCGCUGGCCAAGUAUCGUGACCGACAAGUGAGCCACUGGCUGACGCGUAGUCGGUACUUUGGUCCGACGGAGAGCAGUCGUCACAAGCGAUGGCAGGAGGAACAGAAGAAACGCCAGCAAGUGACACAAAGUCAUGUGCACCACCACCACCAUGCUGGGCACAUGCGUCAUCAGCCAGUUGCUAUGGAUGAACUGCAGGAGCAACGUGGACGAAGCGUAAGCCACCCUAAUAAAGUCGACCGAUCGAGUCAAAGACGCUUUGCGCGACGCGGCCCAGCACACUGUUCGGGCUCUAAUUUUAGCGAAAACGAGAAGAGCCCAGGGUCCUCCUUGGAACGGAAGCUCUUAAUACAGGCCACUGAUCAAAUUAAGCAGCGUCAACGACAACUUGAGGUAUCCACUUCGCCGGAAGAGAAAAAGCGUGUUGCUGCUAUACGCGCAUUGCGAAAACAAAGACGUGCAGCUUCCAACGACAUUUAUGAGCGAAGCACAUCUCCUCCGGUAUGUUACUCGUAUUUGAACUGCUAUGAUGAGAUGGAUAUGCCCCCGCAGCUGCAGCCUUCUUCACCUUCGCUAGAUCGACGAAAAUCUCCUGUGAGAUCGUCACCAGUGUCAUCUGUUGCGUCUUUAACGAGCUGUAAAAGUUGUGCGAGCAGGGAAGUGAAUGCUUUUAACAAGGAUAGUUUCAUCGUGACCGGGGUACAGCAAUCGUUGAAAACGGUGCUUUCUGGAGCUGAACCAAUGAGUCGUUUAUCAACGUCACUUCCAUCGCUCAUGAGUCCACCAGAUUUGUCGUCUCAAUUGUCGUCGGCUCUAAGACAAGGAAGCGUUAACAGUGUCUCUCUUUGCAGCCCAACGUAUGACUAUGUAUCCAAGACAGUACCAAUGCUGACCACACUGGACAACCCACUUACAGAGUCCAAGCCAUUAAUGCCGUCUCCUACAACCACUUCAACAGACGACAAUUGUUUUCGUAAGCCGAUCUUACCAGUCUUCAUUCCUCAUGAAGACAAUUUGACCGUCAGCCGAACUAAUACUAUGUGCAGUAGCAGUUCAGAGACUUUAGAUUGUAGCGACAUUGAUGACAUGCUUGAGUACUUUGAAACGAUGACGCUGUCUAUCUAA